UCAAGGUUCAUUUGAUUUCUCUGCAUUUAAAAAAAAGGAAAACCUCUCAUUCAUAUGGUAGUUUCUAGCUUUGGUUUAUGAUUCACUGAGAUUUGUGGAUUUUGUUGCAAAGCAGUUCUUCCCUUUCUAGUUAGUGAUGGGAACAGUUGGUGACAAAUCCGAUGAUGAGUAUUCGGUCAUCGGGGACAAACGCGAAAUCAAUUUCAUCGAUUAUGCAAACAACAAAUCUGUUUUUGAUUACAAUCAUGAGGGGGGUCCUCUCAUAAUUUCUGCACCAUUCCCAUUCUCGAAAGGGAAUCCUCAAUCUGUAUUCGUGGGAGCAACUGCAUUUGAUUUGAUCAGUAUCGAAAACACCACUAGUGAACCGGUUGAGUUGUGGACUAAAAUUUACGCAUCAACGCCUAAGGAUUCUUUCGUUCUUUCUUUGAUGAAACCCCCGUCGGCAAAUUCUGAAGACGAUAUGAGCCAAGGGUUUGUCGAGCUUUUCGAUUUAGAGGACCGAAUGAUACAGCCUGGAGAGACUUUAACCAUUUGGUUGUCUUGCAAAGCAAAGGAAAUUGGCUUGCAUACUACCAUAGUGCAUUUUGAUGUGGAGGGUGAAAGAUUGGAAAGAAUGGUCUUUCUCUUGGUUGAAGAUAAGAUCUCACAAUCUUUGGCUUCUAAGAAGCCAUAUUCCAGAGCUCAAAGAAAGAAGCAAUUUCCAGUGGAUGAAUUUGUUACAGGGCCACGCCCGGUAAGGGCAAUGGGUCGAGGUGUUCGAAAUAGGCUUCUCCCAUAUGACAUUCCGAAGGAUAUUAGAGAACUGGUCGAGAAUAAGCAGACUACUGAUGCUAUUAAAGCAGGUCUUACAAGGGAUAAUUAUGUAUCUUACUUCAAACAUCUCUUAAUCUUGGAAGAGUUACAACUCGAGGAGGACAUGAGGGCCUAUAACAUGGAGAAUAUCAACAUGAGGAAGAAAGGGAAUUAUUUAUCACUUCAGGUCCCUGGGCUCGCUGAAAAAAGGCCUUCCCUUGUCCAUGGAGAUCAUAUUUUUGCUAAACUUGCAUGUGAAGAUGCUAGUGGAUCAGGCAGAGUUUAUGAGGGUUGUAUCCAUCGGGUAGAAGCUGAUGAAGUGUACUUGAAGUUUGCACCAGAAUUUCACUCGAAUCACAUAGAUGAGAAUCUUUAUAAUGUGCAGUUCACCUAUAACCGAAUCAAUAUGCGGAGGCAAUACCAGGCCAUUGAUGCAGCAAAAAGCCUAAAUGUAAGUCUCCUUUUUCCAUCUGGGUCACCCAAAAGUAGGGUGAUUGAAACCACUCCACUAGUGCCCAUAUGUUGUACACUUAACGAGGAGCAGAUGUGUUCAAUUGAGAUGAUCCUUGGCUGCAAAGGAGGACCUCCUUAUGUGAUUUUUGGGCCACCAGGUACAGGGAAGACCAUGACAAUAGUGGAGGCAAUCCUCCAGCUCUACUCAACCCAAAAAUCUUCUCGAAUUCUUGUGUGUGCACCUUCAAAUAGCGCGGCUGAUUUCAUACUAGAGAGACUCCUUAAUGAGGAGUCUGUUGAGAUUAAAGAGAAUGAAAUAUUCAGACUAAAUGCAGCUACACGACCAUAUUACGACGUCAACCCGGAUUUUCUCCGGUUUUGCUUCUUUGAUGAGCUUGUUUUCAAAUGUCCUCCACUUAGUGUUCUCGCCUGCUACAGAAUCAUCAUCUCAACUUACAUGAGUUCCUCCCUUCUGUAUGCAGAAAGUGUUGGUAAAGGCCAUUUCUCUCAUAUUUUCUUGGAUGAGUCAGGUCAAGCUUCAGAGCCAGAAAGCAUGAUCCCUGUAGCGAACCUUUGCCGAAGAGAGACUGUUGUUGUUCUUGCUGGGGAUCCAAAGCAGUUAGGUCCAGUUAUAUACUCCAAAGAAGCCGAGAAUUUUGGACUGGGGAAGUCAUACUUAGAAAGGUUGUUUGAACACGAGUUUUAUUCUAAUGGCAAUGAAAACUAUGUGACAAAACUGGUUAGAAACUAUCGAUGUCACCCAGAGAUCCUCUAUCUCCCUUCACUUCUCUUCUACAAUGAUGAAUUGAUCCCUUGCAAAGAUGACAUAGGUUCAUUAUUGAACUCAGUAAAGUUUCUUCCUAAUAAGGACUACCCUGUUUUUUUCUUUGGUAUACAAGGUUGUGAUGAGAGGGAAGGAAGUAAUCCAUCAUGGUUCAAUCGGAUUGAAGCCAGCAAGGUUGUAGAAAUUGUUAGUAGUUUGACAGCAAGUGGGAUUCUGAACGAGAAAGAUAUCGGGGUGAUAACCCCCUAUAGGCAGCAAGUCCUUAAACUAAUGAAGGCCUUCGAGAAUCUCGACAUACCAGAUGUCAAGGUUGGCACCGUCGAACAAUUUCAAGGCCAAGAACGAAAAGUUAUCAUUAUAUCUACCGUCCGAUCAACAAUCAAACACAAUGAGUUCGACAGAACCCACUGUCUCGGGUUUUUGAGCAAUCCUAGAAGGUUUAAUGUGGCGGUUACUCGCGCCAUAGCUUUACUUGUUAUUGUUGGAAAUCCUCACAUAAUUUCCAAGGACCCUUACUGGAGUCAGCUUAUAUGGCGUUGUGCCGAUCAUAACUCUUACCAGGGUUGUGCUCUGCCUGAAAGGCAAGAGUAUGAAGAUGAUGCAGAAGUUUCAACUCCGGAGGAUUGUCGGAUCGAUGAUGAAAACAGCAUUGCUGAAAUGUGGGGUGAAGAUACCAAGGAAAUUGGAAAUCUCAUUCCUUUCACGGAUGAAGCCGAGUGGUCCGAUGGGUGGAAAUGAAAUACACGCAUCCUACAAUGGUUCUUUUGCUUUUUUAUGCUUUUGUUUUCACAGUAGCAAAUGUGAUGAACUUACCUGUUCACUUCAAGAGACAGUACGACGGCAUAGUGGUAAAAGCAAACGAAAAGAGGAGAGAUCUUCAUACACUGUUACCAUCUGUUUUUGAUGAUGUUUUUCUGCUAAUAAAACUCUUUCCAUCAUAUCAUUUUGCUGAUUACAAAGUGUUUAUCGUAUCAGUAAGUAUAAUCGAAUGAA